AUGUUUGGAGCGCUGAACAGAUUUAUCGGGCGACUGGACGCGGAGCCCGUCCAGCACCCGCGGACUCCCAGCGGAGACAACGCAUUUGGCUUCCAGGUCCUCCGUAACAAAGACCCCGAGCUACCUCUAGAACCCUGGUUUGAUUUUAUUGUUGGAAUCAACGGGCAUUCUAUCGUACGUGCAUUGACAUUUGCCAUUGUAACCGAACUAACCGGACGGCUGCAGGAGGACCCCGACCCAAACCUCUUCGCAACCGAAGUGCGCAACUGCGCAGGGACAAGCGUCACAUUCGAGAUUUGGAGUGCAAAGGGCCAAAAAACACACAGCGUCUCUAUACCAGUACCCGCCUCGAAUCCCACACUCGGUCUCGCCUUACAACUAGCCCCCCUUUCCUCGACACAACAUAUCUGGCAUGUGCUGUCCAUUCCAUCCCCGCUGAGCCCGGCCUAUCGCGCCGGGCUCCUCCCGCACUCAGACUACAUUAUCGGGACGCCUAGCGGGACGUUACGAGGCGAUGCGGCGCUAGGAGAGUUGGUGGAAGACCAUCUGAACCGGACCUUGGUACUCUGGGUAUACAACAGCGAAUUCGACGUGGUAAGGGAGGUGGAGCUGGUCCCGACCCGGGGCUGGGGCGGUGAAGGCGCACUCGGCGCAGAACUAGGUUAUGGGGCGCUGCACCGCUUACCUGUCGGGCUAGGCGAGGAGGUCGAGGGUCCCGGCGAGGUCGUUUUCGAGACGAGAGAGGACGGCACCUCUGCGCCGAUGGCACAUGCGACGGAUGCUGGCCAGACAGCGGACACCGGUGCGGGAAGCUUCUUAGUUCCAGCAAACAUGGUCUCGCCUCCGCCAUUAUCUGCUCCGAACAGGGCCUUGUCGUCGGCGUCGCCGUCGAAUAACCGGUUCCCUGCAACGCGGCGAGGUGGCCGAACCCGUCAUAUGGGCGUCUCGCCCAGCCUGGCGUUCGAUGAGUACUUUGCCGAGGGGGAGCAGAAGAGCAAGGAGCAGGAUUAUAUCCCGUCCCGGAAAGGGACUCCCUUGCCUCCGCCGCCCAAGGCCGCAGUCGCGUCGCCUCCUGUUGGUAGUCCGGCGCCGGCCGAGAGUCAAAAGGGUUAG